AUGGAAGGCCGCGGGGUUGCGGCCAACGUCGAAAAAACAGCUCAAUCCCGGUCUUCAGCGCCGAGGGUACGCCUAAGCUGUGAAGCAUGUCGCCAGCGAAAGGUAAAAUGCGACAAGCUAAGUCCAUGUACUAGCUGUCAGCGACUUGGUUUCAAAUGUGUUCCUGUCGAGCGAGCCCGUCUGCCGCGAGGUCGUACGCGCAAGGCUCCCGAGCGAGCUGGCGGCUCGGACAAGGAACUCGCGGAUCGGGUCGCCAAGCUUGAAGAUCUUUUGCGACGGGUUGCUACGGGACGGGAUGCCUCAUCUAAGCCUCAGGUUGAUGAAGCGCCUUCAUCCAAGGAUCCUACCCCAGAUCAUAAUUUUGAGAUGAAGGUGGCCGGUGCCGAGUCCUGGAGCGACCAGAGUGCGCAGACAGCCGCAGCCCAGCUGGCUGAUGCUCAACAGGUCAUAUCGCCGAGCCUACCACACAGAGCUCGUCCAGCUAUGUCUUAUUUAGGCAGCUCAUUCUGGGAGGAUAUCAUGCAUCAGACACAAGAGCUGCGGACGGUACUUGAUAGCCGUGUUGAAAAUGAUCAACUGGAAUUUAAGAGUCCUACUGGCUUUGGCUCUGCUUUUGUUGGUUCCGAAUGCUCAGAGAGUGUCUCUAACUCACCUCAAUCCUUGAAAGCGAUCUAUAUCUCACCCCAAACCCGUCGCACUCUGUGCGAGAUCUAUCUUCGCAACGUGGACCCGCUAUUCAAGCUCCUACAUCGGCCUUCAUUACGAGCAUUUCUUCAUGACGAUCAGCCUUAUCUUGAUUAUGAGCAUGAUCACCAGGCCCCGACUACAUUGGCGUUUGCAGUUUUUUCUGUCGCCGUGUGUACGAUUGAUGAUUCUCAAUGUCAGCUGUUAUUUGGCCUUGACAAGAAAAGUGCAUUUGCGGACCUUCAGAAGGAGACAGAAGCUGCGUUGGUCAAGGCAGACUUCAUAACGACAAACGAUCUGACUGUCUUGCAAGCCUUUGUACUCUCACUGCUGGCGGCUCGAUGCCAAGAUCAAAGCCGGCGAGUGUGGACCAUGCUGAGCAUGGCCCUGCGAGUAGGUCAAGCACAGUGUCUUCAUAUGGCCGACCCACCAUUUCGGGUUAGCCCAUUCGAGCAAGAAAUGCGCCGGCGCUGCUGGCUAGGAAUUGGUAUGCUUGAUGUUGCUGCAUCAUUGGAUAGAGCAUCUGAACCAAUGAUGCAAGCCGCCUGGCUAGACUCGCUUCUCCCUUCAAACAUAAACGAUGAAGAGAUUUGGUUUGAAAUGGAAGCACCGGCUCAAGAAUCGCCCGAGGGUACUUUCACCGAUCUCACUCUCCCAUUAAUCGUCGCAGCAGCCCAGUCUGUCUGUCGUUCCAUUGCCUUUGCCGAUUUCAUGGAGGCAUCGGUCAAGUCCAUGAGCGUACGCCAGCAGAUACUAUUAGACUUCCAGAACACUUUCACAACUCUCCUGAGAGGAUGCCGUCCUGACAUCUACACCUUUCAUCAAUAUGCAAAACGCACAACUAACGCAAUAUACGGCUGGCUACAGCUUGGCUGUCUCCGCCCGCUACAACGAAGCACAAACUUCACUCCCCCCUUCGUCCAUGGUGAUGUUCUUCUCAGACUUGCUGCUGAGAAUCUCCAAGCGGCUUCGGAAGUCUAUUCCAAUCCAGCCAUGACACAGUGGUCAUGGUUCGGUUCACUGUGGGUGCCCUGGCAUGGUCUCGCAGUAGCCCUUGCAGAACUUUGUGUCUGCAAAGACCCGGUGAUCAUGUCUAAAUAUUGGCCCGUGGUUGAGCAAAUGUAUCAGCGAACUAGCUCUGUGAUUGCAGAUUCACAACAUGGAAUGCUGUGGCGACCAUUAGAAAAACUCAUGAAUCAGGCAUUAAACCGAAAACAAGAGCUGCUUGGGAGCCAGAACUUAAAUCAGGCUAUCAGCCAGGUGUCGUUAAGUGAAGGCAUAACUGUUGAUUCUGCUCGACCGUUAAAUACUCACCCAUUGACGGAAUUUUCAAUGGCAGAUAUGGGGCCGACCAUGGCCCCCACUGAGCAAAUUAAUCCUCCCAUAGCCAUGCCGACGAGUAUAGGACUCGAGUCUGACUUUGGAGCAUGGCCCAAUGUUUGGGAUGCAAUGGAUUUGACUGCUAGCGGGGCUCAGGACUGUGACGUUGCCUGGGCCAACUAUACGAGCUUCAUUGGCGAUGUGUAUGAUAGUGCGGACUCCAUCUUCCUGCCACGAUGA